AUGGAGAACGACAAGGGAGAGAUCGUCGACCUUUACGUCCCGCGGAAGUGCAGCGCCACCAACCGCAUCAUCAAGGCCAAGGACCACGCCUCGGUGCAGAUUUCCAUCGCCAAGGUUGACGAGAACGGUCGCCAGAUCCAGGGCGAGAACCACGUCUACGCUCUCUGCGGCUUCAUCCGCGCCAUGGGCGAGAGCGACGACUCCCUCAACAGACUCGUCCAGCGUGAUGGCAUCGUCAAGAGCGUCUGGAGCGCCCAGCGAUAA